GAGACAAAGAGAGAACAGUGAGAGAGAGUGAGAGAAAAUGGAAUUUCUCUAUUUCACAUGUCCUCACUUUCUUCAUUACAGAUUAAUAAACCUAUUGAUGGAUUUGGAAUAACUCCUUUAAUGUUGGCCUCUCAAGUGGGCGCCGAUAGAAGAAUCAUCGACAUUUUGAUAAAAGCUGGUGCGAAGUUAGAAGCGAAAGACAGAUGGGGUCAGACAGCUUUGCAUUGGGCUGUGUUUGGGAAUCACCUUCAAGCAGUGGAGAUAUUAUUAUCUCGGGGAAGUGAGGUUAAUCCUCGAAAUGAAUAUGGUCAAACACUGCUGCACUGGGCCUGUUAUUGGGGAUCCUUGCACACUGUCGAGCUGUUGUUGGGUCACAAUGGCAUCGAUGCCAAUGUGGUUGCCAACAAUGGAGACACACCACUGCAUGAGGCAGUUCGGGGUUGCAAGUAUGAAGUGGUGUCUGUGAUGCUGUCCAAGGGUUCACUUCAGUUGGACAUUAAGAACAAAAUGGAAAGGACACCAUUGCUUGAAGCCGUUUCCCAGGGUCACCUCGGAAUGACACACCUGUUAAUAGCCCUGGGUGCAAAUGUAAAUGCUGUUGAUGGUGAAGGUAACAGUUGUUUGCACCUAGCCAUGGCAACAAAACAUUUUAAUUCCAAGGGUGCACCCUUGGAUUUACUAAACGAAUGCUGUACUGCCCUUAACCUGAAAAAGAAGGAAAUACUCUCUGGUAUAGUGGUUGCGAGAUAUCUCGCCAGCCAGGGAGCGGACUUUCACCAUAAAAACAACAACAAUAACACACCAUUGGACCUCAUUAAGGACCCAAAUUUGAGAAGAAAAUUAGAAGCAUUUUUACCACCACAAUGUUUGUUGUGCAGAAAUAAAGAGGCCACAACAAAAGUUCAUCCCUGUGAACACCUUCUGACAUGUGAAGAAUGUUCAAACGUUCCACUUAAACGAUGCCUGAGGUGUUUGAAACCUGUAACAAGCAGAGGUCGAGUUGGGGCUCCAAAGUUUGAAGACAGGUGUGUACAAACAGAGGCUACAUGUCAGGAAUUAGGGGCUGCAUCUCAGGCAAUUGGGGCUCCAAAGUUUGAGGACAGGUGUGUACAAACAGAGGCUACAUGUCAGGAAUUAGGGGCUGCAUCUCAGGCAAUUGGGGCUCCAAAGUGUGAGGACAGGUGUGUACAAACAGAGGCUACAUGUCAGGAAUUAGGGGCUGCAUCUCAGGCAAUAGGGGCUCCAAAGUUUGAAGACAGGUGUGUACAAACAGAGGCUACAU